AUGUCUAGCAUUUCUAGUGCGUCAUCGUUUACAAGGAAACUUAAAGCUGCAGAAGAAGCAGAAGCUGCAAAAGUUGCAUUACGUUACCAUGAUUUGGAACAGCAACAUCAAAUUGAUUUAGAACGUAAACGUGUUGAAUUUGAGGAAAUGAAGGGUGCUUUACAAAAAUUAGACAUUAUGAAAAAAUUAGAUAUUGCAGAAGCCAAAUUAAAAGCAAUAGAAAAGGUAGAAACUCAAGACAUGAACUCUUAUAAUGUUAUAGACCGAAUUUCAGUGCCAGAUGAAUCUCUAGAUCAUAGUACAAAAGUGAACACUUAUUUGAAUUCAACUCUUCCGCCUGUUCUUACACCACAAACUGUGAUUUCUCCAGAAGUUAGAAGAAAUGAUUAUACGUCAUCUCCAGGCCAAGCUGAGAGGAAUUUGGAUAUGAAUUACAUUCCUGAACCUUCGUUAGAAUCUAGACCCACAGUUGGAACAAACACUAACUACACCAGUUCAUCUUUUCCGCCGAAUAGAAACACUGCUAGUCUUGAUGUUUCUAAAAACUCAGUAACAUUAGACACUGGUGAUUUAUGGCGUUCACAGGUAAAAUGUGAGCGUAUGACGUAA